AUGAAAGGUUUUAAAGCUUCAAGUCAAAGCAUGCAACAAUCCGACACGCAGGAUCCUAAGAUUAUACGCCUUAAUUCUCAACGUCCCUCUUCUCAACCACAAGAUCUUAAUAUUCUACGACUCAAUACUACUCAACCGCAAGAUCUUAAUAUAUUACACCUUAAUGCUCAACGUCCUAAUACGCAUGAUCCGAAUGCUCAACGUUCUCAUAUGCAAGGUUCCUGUGGUCAACGAACUAAUGAUCAAGCUCAGCAAUCUAAUGCACAAUCGUCUAAUGUGCAACAUCAAAAUUUCAAUACUAAACUUCCUAGUAUUAAAGAAUUAGGUAUAUCAUGGGUAGCAUCAGAUGAUUUUCAUACUCAACGUCCUAUCACAAAGGUUUCCAUCACUCAACGUUUUGAUAUGCGACGAGAACCAGGAACAUCCUCAACGCAAAAUAUGAAUCUGCAAGAACCGCGGGAAGCAUCAAGUUUAUCUCGAUAUCCCAUUACACAAAGUCGCAUCGCGAAACGUUCUGAUUUUCAAUGUCCUAGCAUUCACGAACUAGGUACAUCUUUAAUGCGAGAUACCGAUAUACAAAAAACGUGGACAGCAUCAAAUUUAUUAUCAACUAGUCCUAAACCUCAAGAUCGACAUCCCAUUACACAAAUUCCUACCGCGCGGUGUUCUGAUAUGCAACGUCCUAGCAUUCAAGAUUUAAGUACAUCUUUAAUGCAGGAUACCGAUAUACAAAAAACCUGGACAACAUCAAAGCUAUCAACAAUAUGUCUUAAUUCUCACUCUCAACAUCCCAUCACGAAACGUUCUGAUAUGAAACUUCCUAGUAUUCAAGAAUUAGGUACCUUUUCAAUGCAACAUACGCAAGAAUCAUCUAGUCUGUUAAUAACGCAAACAAGUACAUCAUCAAAUUCGUCAAACACUUCGUUGGCAAAACGUCCUAAUUCCCAAGAACCGC